AUGCUCAUUCACAGUGAUGAGCGUCCCUAUGAAUGCAAUCAAUGCAAUAAGACAUUCAAACAUAUAAUCGAUCUAAAAUCUCACACUCUCAGUCACACUGGUGAGCGUCCCUAUGAAUGCAGUCAUUGCAAUAAGACAUUCAAACAAUUAAGGAAUCUGAAAUCUCACAUGCUCAUUCACAGCGGUGAGCGUCCCCAUGAGUGCAAUGUAUGCAAGAAGACAUUCACACUUUUAGGCGUUCUGAAAAAUCACAUGCUCAUUCACAGUGAUGAGUGUACCAAUAAGUGCAGUAUAUGCGAGGAGACAUUCACAGAAUUAAGUAGUCUGAAAAAACACAUGCGUAUUCAUAAUAGAGAGCAUCCUUAUAAAUGUGUAACAUGCAAUAAGACAUUCACACAAUUAUGCAAUCUGAAAAGUCACUUGGUGAUACACAAUGAAGUACGUCCUCAUGAAUGCAAUGUAUGCAAUAAGACAUUCAAACGGUUAAGUUCUCUGAAAGAACACUUGCGGAUUCAUAAUGGAGAGACUCCUUAUAAAUGUGAAAUAUGCAAUAAGGAAUUUACUCAACCAGGCAAUUUAAAGAGACACAUGGCACUUCAUAGUAGGAAGCGUGAUGAAAAUCAGUAA